UUUGUUGGUGCAGGUGGUCCUUGGAUUAAGACUGUGUCACUUGUCCUGAGGGUAUGGUUCCUCCCUGAACCACAUGAUGCCAAUCAUACUAAGUACUCUUGAUGACCAGGCUUUUAGAGCAGAGCUGAUUUACUGGGAUGCAGCAAAUGCACAGAAGUAUUUACAUAUAUCCUUCCCAUUUUGUUCCACUUCCUCUCCUUUCUAUAAUAAAUAAAUCAGCAAGUACCUUGUUUUGCUUAAACCAAUCCUAGCUGCCUAGUGUCUCUUUGUGAUUACUUGUCUUGGGGAAGGGUAUAUGGAGCAGAUUUACAUUUGAACAUGUAUCUCUGAUUAUGGUCAAGAUAAUUAUUGCAAUGGCUUACCUGACUAUCUAGGCACAAGACUUUUAUGCCUUUUAUCUUUUCCAUUGUGAUAUGAGACAGGGAACAGCUCCCGAUUGACUCUUUUGUCUUCCCAUAGUAGAAUAGUCAGUGGUCCUUUUGUAUUUAUUUUGCUUGAAAUCUUUAGGUUUUUUUUUCUUUUUCCCUUUAUCUUUUCUUUAUCCUUUUUCCCUUCCCGUAUACAUUUAUCUGCAUAGAACAUUCUAAGGAAUGAUAAUGUAAUGAAUUGUUCAGUGUUUGAACUGAUACUGCCCACUGCAUGCUCACAUUUGGAAUACCUUACAAUUCCAGUUAACAAUUUACCAGUAAAGUACGCACAUUAAAUAGGCACUCUAGGAUCAUGAGCCAAUAGCAUAUAAUCCCAUUAUAUUCUGGAACUUUCUUGCAUUUUCUCAGCCAUCAAAAUUCUGCAUUAGCCCGUGUUUAAAUAAUACCUCCUCUGUGAAGACUGUUCACCUUGCACUAUCAGAAUUAGGCAUUCCAUUCUUUGCUUUCACAUAGCACUUUGUUAUAAACAGUCUCUGUACCGUACCUAUUGUAGUCUUAGUUAUGCACAUAUCUCUUCUACAUAGGACUGUAAGCUUAUUGAGGCCAGGGAAAAUAAUUUAUUGGUACAUAUGUCCCUCCCUUCACAUAAUAAAGUGGCUCGCCUCUAGUAAGUCAAUUAUUGAAUUAAAUUUUAAUUGAUGUCAAUAGAAUGAAUCAGCAUAUACAAUAAUAUGACUGUCAAAAUAUCUGAAUUAGUUUUACUGAUGUUUGUGUCCAGAAUAAGUGAGGUUAUUAUAGUAAAGCUGUUCUAACUGUAAUUCUACCAAGGCUAUGCUCAGCUGUAAUUCUACCAUACCUGUCAUACUGUGUGCAGUUCUGGGACCCAGUCUUGAAGGAACAUUGAAGAGUGGAGAUUGUUGAGAGCAGAGCACUCUCUGGAUAGCAAAGAUGCUAAUCAAAUUUUAAGAGCACUUACAGGUACUAGGGAUGUUUAGUUUAAAGAAGAGAAAAUGGGGUGUGAUAGCCAUCUUUAGAUUUUUGAAAGACUUUCAAGAGAAAAGAGAAAGUGGACUUACUCUGUGAGUCUAGAGUUCAAGCUAGAGCACCUGAACCCCAGGGAUAUGCAUCAAUAUGGUGUUUUUAAAAAUUAGUAAAAAGAAGAGAAUACCUGUACUUCUCUGCCCUUCAGAGUUCAUCACUGAAAUCUCCCAAACCUUUUUCUGUGCCAGAAGUUCAGAAUAUUUUGAUGGACAGUGAGUCCCUUGAAUGUGAUGAAAGCUGUCAUAAAUUCAUGCAGACAUUAUACAGUUCCAGAAGGAUCAUGGAUCCCUUAGGAAAUCCAUGAAUCUUGGAUUAUGACUCCUGCUCUCUUGUUCUGUGGUCUGUGGUGUGUAUGCAGACAUACAUAUAUAUUUUUUAUAAAGAUGGGAUUAUAGUCUAUAUACGUUUUCAUCACUUUUUUUCAUUAAAUACAUAAUAAUAAUAAUAGCUACCACUAUUGAAUGUUUAUUAUAUGCCAGUAAUUGUGCAUUGACUUAAUACUCAAAACCAAACAUUUUCCCAUGUAAAUGAAAUAGUCAUCAUCUUCAACAUCAUUUUAAACUAGUGGCUGUAUUUUUUAAGCAUUUUAAUUCUUAUAAAUCUAGUGAUAAUUUACAAAAAGUAUUUUCCCCAAGUUUGCGUUAAAAAAGAAGUCCGUUUUGCUUUUGUUUUAGUAUUAACUAUCAAAAAAGAAAGAAGGUAUUUAUCUUAGAUGAAAUCAUUGAUGUGCAUAGUUGUAUGUUUCUACAUUGGAAUAGGUACUGUGAUGUAAGAGUUAGAAGACCCAGCUUCUAGCUUUGGCUGUCUUUUAUUAGUCACUUCUCUGAGCCUCAGUUUUCUUAUUGUUAUCAUGGAAGUAAUAGAAGCCACCUCAGCUUAACAUAGAGGUUGUGAAAAGAAGUUGGGGAAAGAGUACUUUACAAACUCUAAAGCAUUAUUAGAUUUACUAAAUUGAAAGUAUUUGAGAAUUCAAGGCAAAUUAUCUUUUUUUUAAGGGCAAAUUCAAUCAGUUGAUUGAUUACUAAACAUCAUUUUUUGGUAAAUUUACUCUCAGAGAGAUUGUUGUUUUAUUAUACUAGCAGUACAAAAAUAAUAAUAAUUGCUAUCACUAGUUGAGCAUUUACAAAAUGCCAGGUACUGUGCUAAGCAUUUACUUAAUUUUUAGAUUUUACUAUAUUGUUUACUACAUUUAAUCAUUGUAGCAAUAUUGGGGAAGUUGUUGAGGAAACGCAGGCAUAGAGGUUAAGCAAAGAAUCCAAGCCCUUCAGAUUCUAAACCUUGGGUUCUCAACCACUGGUUUAUAUACUGAAGGAGGCAGUAUGGCAUCGAGCUUAAGAGGACAGGUUCUGGAGCCAGCCUGCCUAGAUUUGAACCCUGGGUCCACCACUUAAUAGCUGUUUGACUUCAGCAAGGUAUUUAACCCUUUUCUGUCAAAUGUGGAUGAUAUGUACCUACCCAGCAGAGACAGUAUGGUGAUCAAAUAAAGUAUCAAAUUUGAAGCAUUUAGAACAGUGUUGGACACAUAGAAAGCACUCUGUAAUUUUCAUUAUUUACAAACUAUUAUUCAAAACUUUGCAACUUAUUAGAAACAUUAGCUCACAGAUACCGCUAAUUAAAUAGAUUGGGGGCAGGUAGGGAGAAUGUAUUUUAAUAUAUUCCCUGCCUUGAACUUUCUACUACCAUCUUUCAGCUUUUUUAUUAGCACAGUGGCCACAUGAAAAUAAUCUAAAUCACUUUCUAUUUCAACUACCAACCACCAAUUAAUGCUUUAUUUUUUGUAUUUUUUAGGGCAUUUCUGAUUCAUUUGCAUCAUUGAAGAACAUCUAUAGAAGAGAGAGAAAAAGAUGGGUGUGAAAACAUUUACUCAUAGUUCCUCUUCCCACAGCCAGGAAAUGCUUGGAAAGCUAAAUAUGCUGCGAAAUGAUGGACAUUUUUGUGAUAUCACUAUACGUGUCCAGGACAAAAUCUUCCGGGCACACAAGGUGGUACUAGCAGCUUGCAGUGAUUUCUUUCGCACCAAACUUGUGGGCCAAGCAGAGGAUGAGAACAAGAAUGUGUUGGAUUUACAUCAUGUUACAGUGACUGGCUUUAUACCCCUUUUAGAAUAUGCUUACACCGCCACCCUGUCAAUUAACACAGAAAAUAUUAUUGAUGUUCUAGCUGCAGCCAGCUAUAUGCAAAUGUUUAGUGUUGCUAGCACCUGCUCAGAGUUCAUGAAAUCAAGCAUUUUGUGGAAUACACCCAACAGCCAACCAGAAAAGGGUCUAGAUGCUGGACAAGAAAACAAUUCUAACUGCAAUUUUACUUCUCGAGAUGGAAGCAUUUCUCCAGUCUCUUCAGAGUGCAGUGUGGUAGAAAGAACCAUUCCUGUUUGCCGAGAAUCUCGGAGAAAGCGCAAAAGCUACAUAGUUAUGUCUCCUGAAAGUCCUGUAAAGUGUAGCACACAGACAAGUUCUCCCCAGGUAUUGAAUUCUUCAGCUUCCUACUCAGAAAGUAGAAAUCAACCAGUUGACUCUUCUUUAGCCUUUCCUUGGACUUUUCCAUUUGGAAUUGAUCGAAGGAUUCAGCCUGAGAAGGUUAAGCAGGCAGAAAAUACCCGGACUUUAGAAUUACCUGGCCCAUCUGAGACAGACAGAAGAGUGGCUGAUUAUGUCACUUGUGAGAGCACAAAAACUACUUUGCCUCUGGGAACCGAAGAAGAUGUCCGGGUGAAAGUAGAAACUUUAAGUGAUGAAGAGGCUCAUGAGGAAGUGUCGCAGCCUGUCAGUGCAUCUCAGAGUUCACUGAGUGAUCAGCAGACGGUGCCAGGCAGUGAACAAGUCCAAGAGGACCUUCUGAUUAGUCCACAGUCUUCCUCUAUAGGCUCAGUAGAUGAAGGUGUCACCGAGGGGCUGCCUACACUUCAGAGCACUUCUAGCACGAAUGCCCAUGCAGAUGAUGACGAUCGAUUGGAAAAUGUUCAGUAUCCCUACCAACUCUACAUUGCUCCUUCUACCAGCAGUACAGAGCGACCAAGUCCAAAUGGUCCAGAUAGACCUUUUCAGUGUCCAACUUGUGGGGUGCGGUUCACCCGCAUUCAGAACCUAAAACAGCACAUGCUCAUCCACUCAGGAAUUAAACCAUUUCAGUGUGACCGCUGUGGGAAAAAGUUCACCAGGGCUUACUCGCUAAAGAUGCAUCGCCUAAAGCAUGAAGGUAAACGCUGUUUCCGGUGCCAGAUAUGUAGUGCCACUUUCACUUCCUUCGGGGAAUAUAAACACCACAUGAGGGUUUCCCGGCACAUUAUCCGCAAGCCUCGGAUUUACGAGUGCAAAACAUGUGGCGCCAUGUUCACCAACUCUGGAAAUUUAAUCGUGCACCUGAGGAGUCUGAACCAUGAAGCGUCAGAGCUAGCAAACUACUUCCAGAGCAGUGAUUUCCUAGUACCGGACUACUUAAACCAGGAGCAAGAAGAGACCCUUGUUCAGUAUGAUCUUGGAGAACACGGUUUUGAAAGCAACUCCUCUGUUCAAAUGCCUGUCAUUUCGCAGGUCUCCUCUACCCAGAAUUGCGAGAGCACUUUUCCCUUGGGGCCUCUUGGCAGGCUGGCAGAAAAGGAGGAUGAAAUGCCAGAGCAGCCAAAGAGCAGUGCCUGUACUGAGGCAGCCAGAGACGACCCCCCGAAAUCAGAGCGUCUUCUGUAACCAUUGAGUGAUGUUGUGGUUUGGCGUCACUGUUUAGUUUUGGAAAGUGCCUGUGCUUGGUCUCGUACCUUUAAAUUUAAAUGAACUUUUUAAACAAAGAAGGGUUUGGGAAAGAAUGUUUCGUUUUACUUUGGAAGUCUUGCAACUGAUGUUUUAUUCUUUAUGACUGAGAGAUUAGUUCUUUAAAUAUACGAUAAUAUGGUGUUGAAACAUAGUAGAAACUAGGAGACUUAAGGAGAACCAGUAGACUUAAAACAUAUGCCAGUUUCUUCUUCCAUUGUAAAAAGGAGGCUAAUAACAGAGCAUUAGAUAAAGAAGAAAUCAGAUGAUUAUUGGCCUUCCUGAGGGGAAAGGGUAUACCACAAACAAAUUACUAAACAGAACUUGAAAAAUGGCCUGAGUAGAUGUUAGCUCCUACACUCAAGGACAUUGUACAACAUUUUUGUAGAGCCUGUUGUUUUUGGAAGUAUUUAUGGUAAAGCUUUCUUAAAAAUUAAUUAGGGUAAAUACUUCUGAAAUCUAACCUAGUCUUUUUAAAGCUUUGUCAUUUCUAUUAUAAUUUUCCAUGGUGAAAAAUUGGUAUUGGGAUAGACAUCCCCAGUACCUUUACAGUACCACUCGCUCCUCCAAAUAAUCUUUCUUCUAUGAAAGACGGCAAGGAACCAUGAUUGAGAAUAGUCAGCUGUGCAUGAAGUGACCAGACGUGGGACAUGCAGUGGGAAGCAUGUAAAUCCCAGCUGUCUAUAGGAGCUCUUUUUAAUACUGUUUUUCUGACUAACAUUGAUGUUUACCUCGUCUUUGAAUCUUAAUGCCUGGCGAAUUAGUUAAUUGCCCAAAUCAGUUUUCCUCUUGCUCCAUCAACCAUACUUUCUCUUGUGUAUUCUGAUGCGCUACUAUAUAAAAGGAAAGUAUUGGAGAUAGUCUAUAUUUUAUAUAUAGGUUUAUAUAUUGUUGGGGAUGUUUUUAUUGUGCUCUUUUGGACAAAAUAAAGAAUUUUCUGUUAAGGCUACAUUCUUAACCCAACUAAGAUUGUUUACAAAAAUCUCAUAUGAUAGCGAUACAUUGUCCUUGUUCAAAAAUAUUUUUAGACAUUGCCAAGUUUCUUAGAGACAGUUCCUAUACUUAUUCAUACAAUGUAAGCAAUAAUGUAAAAGAUAAAGAAAGGCUGUAAAAUUAUCUAUGAUUCAUAAAUCUAUUUAGGGGAAAAAAUGUAAGAAUUGUUACGACUGAAGAAAAACUAAAAACCUUAAAUUAAUGAAUAUCACCCUUUUUGCUGCUAGAGUACAACUUGCUGGUUUAUAGUUGAAAUUUAUAUGAUGCUCUUGACUGGGGUAUAUUUUUCAUUUGAUGCCAUUAAAGCAUCACUAACCUUGGUCCUAAAUACUCUUGAGUCCAUGAAUAAUGAACUUUUGAGUAACUUUUUUUUCUAUGUAUAUACCCAAAGUUAAGUAAUUAUGAAAGCACCUGAUUCUGAUUGGAUUAGAAACAAAUAACAGUUGUCAAAACACAAGACCUAAUUUUGUUCAGGUGCUAGACUUUACUGAUAAAAUAUAUAUUUUUUUAAUUAUAAUAUGAUUUAAUUGUUUCAUUUUUUUAAAUUGACUAAUUCUGUAUUUAAUAUCUUUUUCCCCAUAAAUUUAAAGGAAGGGAGAGUAUGGUAAACUCAUUAAGAUUUUUUUAGGCUAAGAUUCUGUCUCUUCCCAUAUUCUACUGUCCUUGUUUCCAGCUCCUUACCUUACUCCUGAACCUGUCAUUUCUGCCUUUGCUCCCAAACGCAGAGGUGUAUGACAUGUUAAUGCUUCAGGAAAAUCAAGGUUUUGAUGGGCUCAUAUACAGGCUACGGUGGGCAGCCAUCAUUUCUGCUUCUUUGCUAUUAGGCUUAUGGCUGGGACACUUAUUACAGUAUUGCCGCAUCUCAACUGGAAAGAGCAGACGUUUUUAUUUUUAGUAUCAUAUAUAUUCUUUGAAAACUGUUAUGCCUACCAGUAGAUAAAUCUCAAAGUUAAUUUUUUAAAAUCUUACAUUGUUAAGACAAAGAAUAGGGAAAAUUAUGACCAGGAAUCGUUGUUGUUCUAAGUUCCAGGAGUUAUUUAAAAAAAGAAAGGAAGGAAAGAAAUAGGGUUAAAAAAAAUCUAUAUGUAAGGAUUGUUUGGGGUUGUAUACAUCCCUUCCCCUGAGCGCUCUGUCUUAGGAGAGCCCUCUACAUUUGGGGCAGCUCUAAGGCCUUCUGACUGGGUUCUUGGAGUGAAAGAUCACCAAGACUGGCUGUUUUUUCCCAAAUGGAAAUUAUAGAUUCUCAUUGCACAGAUUUCCAAGUUGUAUGGCAAAUUUGAAUAUACUGUGAAAACGCAUACCUGGUUAGUUGUCUACUGCCUGAUCUUAUCAAUACAAGGAAUUAACUAAUAUUUAACAAAAUGAAACAACGGCCUUGUUUUUUCUUUUUCAGUGAGGCUCCUCAUUUUUGGUAACGUGUGGUUGAAAGAUAUUUAGCCAUGGCUCUGUUUUAUGAAACUAAGCAUCAAAGGGAUAAUUGUAGAUAGUAUUUUAUUAAAUGUAUGUAAAAUUCAUCUAAGAGAGAGAGGCCUGGAUGUGUAAAUUUUACCAGAACAUAUGGAAACUUUGCAAAGAGAUGAAAGCCAGUUAUAAUACCCCACCCAUCAGAAAUUACCAGGAUAACAAAAUGUUAAAUUAUUUCACUUUAGAAUAUUUAACAUAGCUGUCUUUCUUAAGGCCUAAGAGGGUAACUUUGUAAUAUUUAAAGGGCUUACAUUUUAGACUGCAGGAUAAAUUUUUUUUUUAAAAACUAAGCAUUUUAUAUAAGAAAAGCUUUUAUUUUCAGUUUUUAUCUAUCAAGUAAGUGAGAUGUGCUUUAGAAAUGGAUAGAGAUGUUACCCAUGAUGCUGGAUGCAGCAUGCAGCUCCUGAGGUCAUUGUUUGCAGUUUUAAAGGUGUGUUCUAUUAACUGUGGAUGCAUCUAGCAUGCAAACAAAGGCAUUAGUAGGUUUUGUUUUUUGUUUUUUUUUUUUUUCAUUUUGAGUUUUCUAUAAAUGGAUGCAGAUGGAGGUUAUCACCCACAAAUAAUAUUUAAAUGGGUUUUUUGUAAUUUGAAUUUCAAGUUAAUCUUCUUAAUUUUUAUUUCAAGUAAUUAGUUACACAUUGUUAGCUUUUAAAGUUAUCAGUUCAAUGAGACAGAGUACUAAAAUGCUUAAAUAAUCUCAUGGAGCCAACCAUUCUGGUUUACAGUAAUUUGUAAUUUGGUUCCAUAUUAUGACAUGUGCCCUUUGGUAUUAAAAGCCAGCAAAAAAAAGACUUCCAUUUUGUUAAAAUUAUUUUACCAAAUGAAUAGACUAGGCAGCACAUCUAAUGUUCUUACACUGGUAACUCAGUUACAUUCUAACUACCAAGCCAGAUUAUACCACAUAGACGUAUUCUUAUUAUUUCAUGAGUGACCAACCCUAAAUGUUUAACAUUUUAAUUGAAAGGAGUUUGAGAUUUGAGGAAUUAA